AUGUACGAUCCUGCUGGAUUGAUUAUGAGUCCAGGAUUUCCUCUUGGUUACAUAAACAAUCAUAUAUCUUCAUUUGAUCUGGAACCAAGUUCUGUUUCCUGCUAUGAUUACCUAGACAUCUAUGAGACCAACAACCAGUUAGCUCUUCUAUGUGGUAACGUUACUUCAGGCCUCAUCGCCUCUUCAUCUAAUUACAUGUACAUUCGAUUCAUUGCUGACAGUUCUUCAACAUACAAGGGUUUUAACGCUACAUAUUAUAUAAAAAAUCUUAUCAUCGUCAAUACUUCAUCUGGGUCUAUAGUUAGUCCAGCAUAUCUUAAUAACCAGAACAACGUUUGGAAAAUUGAAGGUGGCGUCAACACUUUUAUUAUAUUAAGAAUCACGUUCAUUGACCUUGGUCCAGUUUCACCCAUGUGCACUAAUGAUUAUCUUCAAAUAUUGGGUGGGGAAUAUGAUAAUCCUAGACAGUUAGCUCGACCGUGUGGUAACGUCGCCCCUGGUCUGAUCGCCUCUUCAUCGAACGUCAUGUAUGUUGUGUUUAGGUCUGAUAGCUUUGGAACAUACCAGGGCUUUAAUGCAACAUAUUAUACAAAAAAUAUAAACACGAUGACUGCACCUUCUGGGUCAAUUGAAAGCCCAGUUAAUCUUAUUGAUCAGAACAACAUUUGGAAUAUAGCUGGUGGCUCUAACACCUUUAUUAUAUUAAGUAUAACAUCUAUAGACUUGAGCCCACUAAUGCCAACUUGCAGUAAUGAUUCUCUACAAAUCUUUAAUGGACCAUCUACUGGUUACACUAAGUUAGCUACACUGUGUGGUAACGUAGUUCCUGGUCUGAUCGCCUCUACAUCAAACUACAUGUUCAUUGUGUUUAGGACUGAUAGCUCAUAUACAUACAGAGGUUUUAGAGCAACGUAUAUCAUAAAAAAUAUAACCACGUUGACUGCACCAUCUGGUUCAAUUGAAAGCCCAGUUUAUCUUAGUGAUCAGAACAACAUUUGGAAAAUUGAUGGUGGCUCCAACACCUUUAUUAUAUUUAGUAUAACAUCUAUAGACUUGAGCCCACUAAUGCCAACUUGCAGUAAUGAUUCUCUUCACAUCUUUGAUGGACCAUCUACUGGUUACACUAAGUUAGCUACACAGUGUGGUAACGUUGUUCCUGAUUUGAUCGCCUCUACAUCAAACUACAUGUUCAUUGUGUUUAGGACUGAUAGCUCAUAUACAUACAGAGGUUUUAGAGCAACGUAUACCACACAAAAAUCAUCAACAGUAAUCACAACGUCACCAGGCUAUAUUAUUAGUCCAGGUUUCCCAUAUUAUUUUCCCACGAAUAAUGUCUAUACCUGGACGAUACAAGGCAACGUUGGAUCGUUUGUUGUACUCAACAUUACAACAUUACAACUAAGCAGUUCCCCAUCUUCCUGUCCCAACCAUUUCAUCCAAGUCUACGACGGACAGAACACCAGUGGCGUAUCAUUAGGACGGUACUGCUAUAGCAGUUCACCAGUGUAUGUUGUAUCUUCAUCUAACAACAUGCACGUCGUGUUUAGAACUGAUAGUACAACGACGAAUAAAGGGUUUUACAGUAACUACUUUACACUAGCUUGCUUGAACACUCUAUAUGGAACAUCUGGUGUAAUUACCAGCUCUGGUUAUCCUUCUAGUUACAACAAAUACUCGUCUUGUUCAUGGAGAAUUGUAGGGGAUGCUGGAACUAGAAUAUUUAUAAACAUCACAGACUUUGAUGUUUCGCCGUGCGAGUCCGCCUUUGUUCUCGCAUAUGAUGGUCAAAAUACACGAGAUAAUCUAUAUCUCCCACGAUGUGGUCAAGUACCUGUAUUUUCCACCACGUCAUCGAGCAACUUCGUCUUUAUCGUGUUUAUAACAUCAGGGCUUAUCAACUCUGUGCCUUACAGAGGGUUUAAGCUAAACUAUGUUAUCAAAGAUAUACCAUAUGGCAAGUUCUGUUCUGAAUUGAACAAGUGCCAAAGUUACUUGACUUGUGUUAAUAAUUACUGUAGCUGUCCAAAUGACAAUUAUCAUAACAAUUCUACACUGAGCUGUCAUAAUAUACUUAAGUUUAAGGAGAAAUGUGUUGUAACAGAACAGUGUCGAAAUACAUUGCAGUGUUUAAAUGGAAUUUGCUAUUGUGAUCGAGGCUUUUACUUCAGUCCUGAUGAUGAUAGGUGCAAUCCUUCCUUAGAUCAUACUUCAAUCUGUAACAGUAGUAUUUCUGGUAUGUGUAAACCUGCAAAUUCGGACUGUCUGCCUGAUGUUAAUGGCAAUCAACGAUGUUUAUGUAUAGAUAGAUUUUACUUUGAGAGCAAAUUAUGCGUUUCUUCCUCUAUUUUUAUUGUACAACGCCCACAAUUGACAACUAAGAGCACAACUGGAGUUGAGCUACAAUGGGAAGCCACUACACUUGGACCCAAUAGAACGUACGGUGUGUCGUGGGUGUCGGCCAGUGAUGAAACAGAUAGAGGAACACAAGCCGCCAAUGAGAGCGGUGUGACGGUGACUGGUCUAACACCAGGUACCAGCUACACAAUCACAGUCUACACGUUCCUUCAGCAGCAGGGAUUUUAUUCUACAAGAAACGUCAGCACCACAAUCAACAUUAUCACAAACGCAGCACAACCAGGUUUAGUAAACACUGAACUCAGUCAACUGGAUAAACCACCUUACGUCAUAAGAUUUCAACCAUCUGAAGGCAGGGUAGAUCUCUACAAGUUUUCUCUGAAAUCUACAUAUCAAUUUCAAAAUUUUACAGUAACCUCCCCUGAAAUAAAACUAUCAGAUCUACAAGCAGACACAGAGUACAACUACAGCAUUAAAGCUGUCAAUUCUGUCCGCGAUGAAAGUAGUGUAAUAGAAGGUAGUUUUAAAACUCCAAACUCAGAUGCACUUUCAAGCGAGCUGAACAUUGGGCUGAUAGCAGGAGCUACAGUAGGAUCGCUGGUUUUUGUAAUUCUUCUCGUUCUUCUUAUUAUCCUGAUACUUAGAAGAAAUAGUAAAUCGAUCGCAGAAUCAAGACGAAAUGCAAGGAAUACUACAGACAAUGUUUUACCUCUAUCAAUCAACCGACCACAAGCUAAAAAUUAUUCUCGCCCUUCUUCGGUCAUUUCAGAACAAGCGUAUGCAAAUGCACAGCAGCUGCCCGUCAACAUGCCACAAUCUCAUUAUACGGAGUAUGAUGAUUUAACGCCAACAAUCAUAGAACGGUCAACUACAUUAAGGCCUACUGACAAAUCAAGAGAUAACAGCCAACAUAAUUACGUUAACAUCAAACUCCCACACUAAAAACAUAUAUAUAUAUAUAUAU